AUAACACAGAGGCACAGAAUCCUUCCAGGACAUAACUUCCACUCAGUUACUGAGAGCCAAUAAUGUGGUUUAUGUGAUACGGAGGAAGCUAGAGAUAGGCAACCAAGUGUGAUAAGAGUGUGGUCGAGUGGGGCGACUGCGCUGUGAGUGUGACUGGCCAGUCAGUUGGGUGGUGGUGGAUGGAGCAACAAGACGCUACAGGAUAGUCUAUGUUGGUCCUCUCUGUGACACAACCACCUGCCACUACCGUACACGCACUGUGUAUCAUCAAAAUCUGGUUUCGUGAAAGCUGACAGCUUACCCCCAUGUAUUAGAAAAAGUAGUUAUAUGAAAUUUUAGUGUAUAAACAAUUUAAAUCCAGCAUAAUCGCCAAUAACACUGAAAUGUCGACAGGUCGAAAUCAAGUAGACAAAAAAGCGCAUAUCAGACAAAUAUUAAGAAAAAACAAUUGAAAGUUAAUUUAGUUUCCCAAAUGUUCUUAUUCGUAUUAGGUUUAUCAGUGAUUGUUUAUCGUGCUCAUCUCAAGGCAUUUUUAAUAAUUUCGGCUGCAUGAAAACGCGUAAUUAGUUGAAGAGGACUAGUGUGACUUUCCUGUCAGUGAUGAGGGCCUCAGGAGUCAGUCAGAGUGUGUGGGGGCGGGAUGAGCAUGCCUCGUCUCAAACUACGUGACCCCGUCGAUCUGCUGCCGAUCGCUCCACACUCACCCCAGUCUAUUACCACUGCCACUACCACUACCACACACUUCACACCUGUCAUGGCCAAUGCCGCCCUGGCUCCAGAAAACACAACUACAGAUUCGAGAUCCACUACACGGUCAACAGUAACUGAACCGGCAGCAACUCAUCCAUCUUCACAACCACCUUGUACUCAGCCUAUAACAAAUCACUCAAAAACUAUUCAGUCAGCUGUUAGCCAUCAAACAGGUAAUCCGCACAUGACAAACCAGCCACAGGUGUCUGAUAACGGACGCUGGGUGAGUGAACCUAUACCUAAAAAGAAACGGCUUUUGGAAGCUUCAGCAAGUGUAGAAGUUCGUGAAAUGAUAAAAACAAGUAACCAAAAGGAAGACCCAGAAGAUAUCCUGGCUAGAGUGUGUUCAGCCGUAGGAAUAGACUCUGAUCUCGUGGAGAACGUGGUUGAUGAGCCGCCAGCCGGUCACCAUCAGUCAGAGGUGUUUAGCAAUACACACGGUGUUCCAGCCAAUAUUCAGUACCUGCGAGGGGUGCGGCCACCACCAAUAAACAUACCACUGGGCAACCGGCUGCGACACCCUGAAGUAAGGUUCCAUCACGGUAUGCACCCUAAGUACCGGCCUACUGCGGAAGGCUCUUACACGGUUGCAGAAGUCCGCCAUCACUAUCACCAGUAUCAACCCCACCCUCCCGACCCUACAUACACUGUCCAGCACCGCAUACCCAUGCAUCCUGGAGAACCGCAUCCGUAUCGUCACUUUCCGCAGUACUCUGGCAGAUAUCAGCUCAUAGGAUCAGUUGGACCUGUCUCCCCACCCAUAAAUAGACCCCCAAUGAUGCGUGCAAGAGCCCCGUCAGAACCAGGUAACCACCGCUUGUCACUACCACACGGCUCCCCAGCUGUUCUCCAUUCAACAGAUCUCAGACCUUAUCCUUCUCCAGCCCUGCAUCAUUCCCCGCCAGGAGCACCUACCUUCCAUCACGACACACGCUUCGCAUCGCCUGAUAUGCACCACGCACACCCUAGACAUAAAGAAGUUCCUUACGGAAUUCCUCCUCGUACUCUUCAUAACACACCUGGUGCGCCUCCACAAUCACCUGAACAAUCAUCAGUUACAGUUGCAAGUCGACCUUCUCCACAGCAAGUUUCUGAUAGACCUAAUCUACAAAGUCAUAUUGAGCAUCAGAAGCAUGGAACCAUACGUGAAAUGUACAUCCCGGCCAAUUCUGUCAACAUUCAUCAUUCUCAAGGUGCUCUAUAUUCCGUAAACGCUCAUCCGAGCCCUGGUCAGUAUCGCCCUAUGCAUCCUCAAUUGCCUGAGGGAUAUCCUAAGCAUCCUUUUGAGACUUGUCCGGAGGCUGUUCGAGAUGUAGCCUGGCAUGGACAAACAUCUCAGGCUCCCAUCAUGUCCACACAUGCAUCACCAGAGAGGUUUCGAGCCACUGUCCCAAUCAGACCCCUCUACACACCGGAGCAGCUAAAAAGCUGUGACCCAUCCUGGGGUGUAAAGCGCCCUUCUGAUAGCUUGGAUAAGCCUCCCGAGAGAAUACAGGGACGUAGGCUUAUGGAACCUCCAAAACCCUGUGUGGAGCUUAUCCCCAUAGGCCCACCGCUUGAUGCAAAAGAGACAAAAUCCCGCGAUUCUCCCAUCAAUAUAUCACAGAGACAAGCUGAUGUAAUUGAUCUUCGUCGACAAAGUUUGGAGGCCAACAUUUCUCAGCAUAUUCGGCCCCUAAAAAGCUCUCAUUCGGGGCAAGAGCGUACUGCCCAAUGGCAAAACCACGUGGCACAAGCACCUCAGGCGACAUCACUGCAGGACAGUCAUCAUCAUAACCCAUCCACAGAAAAUCCUGAAGUUUCUUCUCGAAACAAUCAUCCUUUCUUCCGUCGUUGUCUUUCAUUAGAACCACCACUAAACUAUCAACUUCCACGUGUGCCUUCGAGAAAAGACGAACUUGUUACUGGAACACUGAGAGGACAAGGUCAUAGCAGAUCCAAAAGUGAUACUGCCGUUCUCCAUGAUAAAACCUAUAAUAAUAACAACUACGAAGCUUCGAAAAAAUCUAAUGACUGUAAGUAUGAUACAUGUAAACCUAUGGCUACCUUAGACAACGGAGAUAAACAAACUGCCUUGCCAGCAAAUGAGCAACAAGUUACCCAAAAUAAGCCCAAUGUGAGCGAAGAAAAGACUAAUCAAAAUACUAAACAUAAUUCACAGCUUGAAGGAAGUAGCGAGUCCCAUCACAGUGCAGAGUCGAAGAAAACAGAGGUUAAGAUUUGCCAUGUAGGGCCAGGCCAGCUUCAUCGCCUCCACAGCUCUCGCUAUGUUAAUCUUCAGAGACCAGCCUCGGAACCGCCCCUUAGACCACAGUCUAUGACUAACAAUACUGUAUCAAACAAACGACCUGCAUCCGUGCCUGGUGCUGGACAACUACAUUACGAGUCGACCACUACAAGAUGCCAGAAUAGCUUGCCACACCACACAAUUUCGCAGGACAAAUCUCUCACUCAAACCCCGAAUGACACCUUCAAAGAUGAGGCUUUCAUGGGGCGUCUGAAGCUGGUGCUGAAUGAUCUCUUAUCGGUGCCAGAGGCUUUAAAACUGCAACAGGCGUCUUGUUCUCCAGAGCAGCAGUUAGCAUCUGUGAUUAGGCGGGGCGGAGCACAGCCCUCGCAGGACCCCAACCCACACCAGCGGCUGAGAGAGGACUUCUUGACAGUAGUUAAGUUAUGUCUCCCAUCAGCCCUCCUCCAGGACUGGGGCUGGGAAUCCUGCACCCCAGACCAAAUCCUUAACCAGCUCAUCAAGGUUGCACACAACGGUGAGGAGGGCACCAACGGAGGUGAGAGGUCAACUUCAGACAGCCCUCUACAUCAUGAUGAGGUCCUCGAAGAUGAAGUCUUCUCCCCGGCUGUCUGCGAUAAAACACUGCCACCCAUCCUGCCGCCCCAAGAUUUUGUUUCUCACGGUCUUAACACCAGCAUCACGCCCCCCACUGCUUGCACCACUGCUACACCCAGCAAUGCUUCCGUAACUCACCCAGCUCCUGCACAUACUAUACCAGCUCCCACGAGGCGUGCCAUUUCACCUCGCUGUACAGACUCUGAUAGUAAUGUGGCUACUAAACACACUGAUUCUCGUGAAAACCUGCAGAAACAGAGCAGUCCUUCCCCAGAAGAGUCCCUCCCAUCGCCACACAUUGCUGCCAAGAGGCCUGGUGACGCAGGUGAUGACGCAGGAGACGACGCAGGCAGUAAUAUAGCAGGUGACGCCACUGUGGGUCCGUCAGAGUCCUUGGUCGUCUCUUCCCCACUCGAAGCAACUACGUACUUCUCAGAUGAAUUGCGUACCACUUGAAGAAAACUAAUCAAGGCAAGGACAUCAUCAAUUAAUGCGCCAAUAAUAUACACUCCAGUUUCAGCAGUGUUUUCAUCUCUCACCAUCUACAGUCAUCACAAGCAGAAGAUUGACUGAAGAAUACUAGUUUUCUUGAAAAUAAAUCAUAGUAUUAACUAAACAGUUGCUAGUGUUUGUAAACUGAGCUGUAGUUGAAACUGAUGUUCUUUAUAAGUUUUGAUACUACAGCAGUUAUCAUUUGUCUGGGUGUGAAAACAUUAAAAUAUACAUCUCAUGAACUACAACCAUUUGAUGAGUACCGAGAGAACUCGGGUAAUUUUUUAGCACAAUAUGUCUUGAAUUUAUCACUUAGUUCUUCACCAAACUUUAAGUCUGAAGAGGUUUUUACAGUACAUGACAAUAGAUGUUACUGCAAACUUGUAUACUUGGAAAAAAGUAAAUAACCAGGGCAGGUGUACUUACAAAAACUGGCCACCUGCUUAAUAAAAGCACAGUAACGGUAUUAGGACAUUUAUUAAAAAUGAUUCAAUAGGGGCUUUUUCAAUCCAGUCAAGAUAAAUGAUGUAGAUUGAUCAUAUGCAGGUCCAACGUCAAGUGCUGUAUGUGGGGACAGGGACUAUAUGCUGUCAGUCAGGUUUGGGCAGGAUGAGCCUGGCAACAACCUCUGGCAACAAACAUCUGUGGUGGUGAUCCGUUUGUUCAAAGACAGCCACUUGACAGAUUCUUAAUACUUCAGUAAGCCACUUUUCUGACAACCCCUCCAACCUUCUUGCCUAGAAUAAAAACCAUCAUAGCAAACAUCGCUUCCAGUACUCUCAAGGACUUCGUAACUGAGAAAUGCACAUCACAAAAGAGAUAACUCUGGUGUCUAUAUCAUUCUGUAAGGAUGGUACAGGCACCAUGGAAAAACUUCUUGAUGCUUUAGAUGACGCAUGAGAAAACAAAAAUAUCCAAGUCAAGAGACUUUAAAUGUCUGAGCUAUACACCAAUUCUCCCACAACUGUCUAUACACCAAUUCUCCCACAACUAUCUCAAGAACUUCAAAAAUGCCAAAUGACCAUCACCACAGGCACUAUUUAGAAUCUACUCUUAAUGGCACUAACAAAACUACCGUACACAAUGCAAUUUUAUGAUUUCGGAGGUUCUCAAUAGGCUCAUCCUGCCUAAACUAAACAGCCUAAUUUAUGACCUUGGACCACUAUACACUCUCUCUACUGUACAUAAUUCAUUUCUCAGUAUUGGACUGAUAAAUAGCCCAUGGCAGGCGAAACAUCGCCUGAAUAAAUUUCAUAAUUUUUUUUGUUAUGCAUGUGUUGGUCUUGACCACCAUUUGCAUCCUACCUACCUCCUAAAAUUCCUUGCCGCUAUUAUAAGAAUUUAUAUUCGUUUUUAUUCAGGUGUCCCCUCAUAUUCUGUGGAUGUAUUUCAGUCCCCUAAGCUCAGUCAGGCCAUGAACACUUAAUUUCGCAUAAGAGGAAUCUUCGUUGUGGUUUGCGGAACGUAUGAUGAUCGUAUAUAACUUACAAGGAAUUUCCGAUAGAGACAGAACAUCACAUAAUAAAGAACCCACACAAAGCAAGGGAAAACCCUGUACACACUUCAUGUUUGGGCAUUUAGUAGGAAAGGUUGUGGAAUCCUGCGUUAUAAAUAAAUGGUAAGACGUUACACCAAUCCUUUUCUUUUACUAAGUUUUUCUGUCUUGCAUUUGUCAAGUUUUUUUUCCCAAUCCUUCAAGAGAAAAAUGUCAAACAGUCAUUGUAGGACGAAAAAUAUAAGUCGUACCUGGUUGCAUGUUUUUGAGUAAUGUGAACUAAUUUUAGAGACCGUGCAAUCAAAUAUUAUAGUGAAGUACAAAUGAGGUUAAUUAUAUUUACUGUAAACUACUAAAGCAACUAAUUUACCAAAAUAUUAAUGGUAUUUAUAAAUUAUACUUUGCUUUUAUUAUAUGGUUUAAUAAGUGAUAGCAGUAGUAGUUGUAGAGGAGCAGCAUGUAUGAUGAGGCUACAGAGAUUAAGCCAUAAUAAUGGAUUGGAAAACUGGAGUAUAUAAUAAGUCUUAUUCUCCUACAAUCACCGAGUGCGUUAGGGGGUAAUAGUCAUGUAGAAAGAAUGGAUAAUUAGAAAUUAGUGAAGAAAGGGUUUAAAGAUGACUUUGUAAUAUCAAAGUUGCCGACUCCAUUUUUUUUUGAGAAAAUAGAGAGUAAGGCAGAGGUGUAAGAUACAUCGAGUUAGGUAAGAAUAUGUAUUUAAAUAACACACGAGAAUUGGCGAUUGACAAGGUUUGAAUGAAUGGCUGGAUAUUUGGCUUCUUUGGCAUAUUUUACUCUUGUUAUUUGGUACUAGUCCCCUCAAGGGAUGUUCCUUGAAGCUAGCUAGGGGCUCUUGAUCCAAGGGAUUUGAGCUGCUUUCCUCUUUGAUCAAACCUGAAUGCCUCCUAGGCGCUGUAUAACCCCUACGGGUUUAGCUCACCCGGUACCAGUUCAUUAUGAUGAUCAAGAGUGGCGAUGUCACUCCAAGUGUACAUGAAAUGAGAAACAAAUUAUUGAUGGUAAUGAUUAAAACACAAAAGUCAGUGCAAAAAGCUGCGAUAAUAAUGUAUGACUAUAAUGUAUAAGGCAAAACCUGUUGGUAUUUAUUUUAGUGUUAAACAGUUACAAAGAAUUAAAAUAUAAUAGAUUACAUUAAUCGAACGUCUGCUUCUGAAUUAUUGAUUCACUAUGACAGUGUUAAUCACUAGAGGUAGUACGAAUAACAGUUGAAUUAACAAUCUGAUAAAGCCACUGCUUUAUCAGAUUGUCCUAUUAGCACAUUUUUUUUUUUAACAUUGCGAUCUCCCACCGAGGUAAGAAUUUGUGAAUAAAAGGAAACUGGACUUCCGUUUACCAUAUUGAACUUGUAAGAACAGGCUUACCAAGGUUUGAUUACCUCUAGGAAAUGUCUUUAAAGGCAAGGUUUAUUUAUAAUUUAUAUAUUUGUGAACAUUUAAAGUAAUGUGAAGCAUGUGCGUCACUUGAUGUUAUAAAGUAUUAAUUUUGUGUACACUAGAAGUUAUUUUAUAAAUCGUUGCAUGCUAUACAUUAGUGCCAUCCCAGUUAUGAGUCAUGUAAACAGUGUAGGUCUGUAAUACGUUUGUAACAUGAAUACUAAACUUAAAACUUUCCUGCUACAUUGAAAAAAAUGAAGUUGGAAACAAUGCAUGAACAACUGCUUUGGAAAGAUUGAAUAAAUCCAGAAACAAAUGUACGUGUGCAUCGCGUCAUGUGUGUGGCCUUGCUGCACAAUAAUGCUGUUUGAAGGAUAGUGGACUAUUAUCAUACAUCAAAAAGUAACUAAAUAUGCAGGACCCAAGAUUUUUCAGCGCCUCCUCUUCAUAUGAAAAGGAAAUUACCAACAAAUUUUGCAGUCUUCAAGAGGGACUUGAUAAGUUCUCGAGUCGGUUCCUGAUCAGCCAAGUCGUGCUGCUGGCUCCACCAGCCUGAUUCAUCGGUAUAAAUGUAAAUAAGACACACUAUGUGGAUUAUGACAUUUUACUUACUAUAUUUCGUCUAUCAGUGAUAUCUUAUUUACAUAUAUACUGUUGGUAAAUUCUACCAUUUUUUUUUUACCUGACUGACCAGGGUAUCAUCCAGAAAGUCUGGUUUGAGACCAGGCUUCGGACACGAUCAUGCCAGAUGAAAUACAACCUAAAUUCUUAAGUGUGUUUAUGAUUGUAUAGUCAAGUACACCCUUGUGGGUUUAGCUCUUAGUUUUGAUUUAAUCAUAAUAAUAUAUAGUCUAGUUACUUGAAACAAAUUGGGUGAAGUGAUCGGUGGCUUCUGAUAGUCAUGGUACAAUGGUGCUAAUGUAGUAUUUU